UGCGGAGUAGGCCCCAAAGUACGGAGCACCAGAGUAUUCAUCGGAACCACCCAAUACACCUAUUCGGCCAGCAUCACCUUUACUUUUCUUAUUUAUGUCAGGAAUUAUUUUCUUACUUAGAGCAGCUAACGUUUCUUUAGAUAAUAUUCCUUCUCUUAUACAUUUAUCAGAAUUCCCUGAUACCAAUAUAAAAAUAAAUAUCAAAUAAUAACAAUUCAUUUUUAAAACGAUUCCCUUGAUAUUUGGGAUUAAUAAUAACGUCUUUUUCGUGUGUUAAUAAAAUCAAAUUGUUGCUAACGAAAUAUAUGGCUAGCACUAUAGAACGCAAAUGCAAGACUGUUUGCAAAUAUGUUUUUCUGGACUACAGUGAUAACCUUAAUGUAAGUAUGUAAAUACCUAGAUAAAUAUAGAACUAAAAGUUGUCCGACUACUUAGUGAUGAUGUCUAGGAAAAAUUUCAAUGCAUAGAUUAUGUUUCCGGUAACGAUCAAAUAAUUUUCCUUAUAAUUAACACUUCUUAUUGUAUAAAUUCUUAUUUUUAGUUACAUAAAAAUGUGUGUGUAAUAUUCUCCUCCGACUAUUGGUUUGUCAUAAUAAAAAACACUAUCUACGAUGUAUUAAAAAAAUCUUUCCUCAAUAAAAUCAAUCACAAGUUCACAAAUCGAUAAUCUAAUUUAAUUCGUAUGUUAUAGAUAAUAAUUAGAAUGGCAACACUGUAACUCACAAUCUGUCAUUUUCACUUUCCGUUCUCAGACUUCUCAGUCAAUCAGUCAGUCAGUCAGUCAAUUGCCAUUUUUCGUGUGAGUGAAAAUAAACAAAAGAUUUUUGUUCUUGUUUCUCGUAUUUUUGUAACAAAAUGGAUGAAAAAUAUGAAAGUGUUAAACUUUGUUACACUAUUCAUAAAUUUUCCAGUUAUUCAGCGAAUUAUAUUCCGGAGAACAUUAUGGUAAAUAAUCCGUCCGAUCAAUUAUCUAGAUGGUUUACGGAUAGUUCUACUCCGUCACAAUAUAUUAUGCUGAAAUUGAAAUCUUCAUCAAUUGUGGAAUCAAUAAAAUUUGGAAAAUACAUAAAAGCUCAUGUCAGUGAUUUGAAAAAAUUUCAAAUAUUUGGUGGUACUGAUGAAAAUAACUUGUCCUUACUGCUGUCAGCUGGUCUGAAGAAGGAUAGUGCUGCAGAGUUAUUUAGAUUAAGACAUAAAACAGCGGAAGGGCUGUACUUACCUGUGCAAUAUAUAAAAAUUGUACCACUUCAGUCUUGGGGUCCUGCUUAUAAUUACACUAUAUGGUAUGUGGAACUACAGGGAAAGAAUCAAGAAGAGCUGAUCAGUAAUGCUAUGGACACAAUAAACUUGCGGAAAGAAGAGGAGGCUGUCCGUAUUCUGUUGAAGCAUUUACGGCGCCGUCGUUACAAAGAUGCAUUUGAAGCUCUGUCCAGAGAGAGUGGUGUUCAACUAGAGGGUCCUAUACAGGCACGCCUGUGGAAUGCACUUGUUGAAAGUGGUGAUUACAAACUUGCAGAACAGAUAUUAGAAGAGGCUGUCAAGAAUGGUGAAUUCGACUGGUACAUGUCAUGGCAGCCAUACACACCUCAAUGGCGACAAAUGUCCGCGUGUUCCGCGCAGGUUGAGGCGCGUCUGUGUUGCGGAGACCCCGCACCACCUGCGCCUACUACACGCGCGCUCGACUUGCUGUGUGCCGACAGAGACCCGAGGCCAGACACUGCAGAGCCCGAUAUAAGCUGUGGGGAGCCGACAGAUUCGUGCGACGCGUCGUGUUGCAGUAAGCCGGGGCCACGUGGGGGACAUCAACUCGUCGUAGACGCUGCUACUGGUACCCUAUACCUUUUCGGGGGUUGGAAUGGAACCGAAGAUCUAGACGAUCUAUGGUCCUACGACACUAAAGCGGAGAGAUGGCAGCUGCUAUGUAGGCACAGCGGUUUAGUAGGCGGACCGUCGCCGCGCUCGUGUCACAAGAUGGUUCUGGAACCGCGCAAGAAACGAUUAUAUACCGUGGGGCGAUACUUAGACAACGCGCAACGAUUGCCUGCUAAUAUGCGCAGCGACCUAUACAUGUACGACGUGCGGGCGGGGUCCUGGUCGCUAGUGUGCGCGGACACCGCGGGGGCGGGCGGGCCGAGGCUCAUGUUCGACCACCAGAUGUGCAUCGACCCCGACACCAGCACCGUCUACGUGUUCGGGGGCCGCGUGCUGCCAUCCAAUACGGAAGAGGUUGCCAGUCCCCAGUACUCAGGCUUGUACGCGUACUACAUAGAGACGAACACGUGGCAACAAUUACUGGAGGAUCAGUACGAGGGGCCUGCGCCCGCGCCGCUGCCUCGAGUCUCGCACUCCAUGCUGUUCCAUCCGCUUCAGCGGCGGCUGUACAUAUUCGCGGGCCAGCGCAACAAGGAGCACUUGGUGGACCUGUGGUGGUGGGACGUGGGUACUGGGGAGAGGCACGCGGUGUGCGAGGCGAGUGCGGGGGGAGGGGGAGGAGCUCCCCCCUCCGCGGUGUUCACGCAGCGGGCGACGCUAGAUCCGGACACUGAUGAGAUGUUCGUGUUGUCUGGGAUGAGCAAAGAAAAGGACAAGCGCAUUUACAACACCUUGUGGGUGUUUUCACUGCGUCGUAUGGCGUGGAGUUGCGUAUACCGGAACGACACCGUGUCUCCUGACGAACCACGGCCUAGGUUUGCUCAUCAGCUGGUCUAUGAUCCUCUGAGGAAGAUCCACUACUUAUUCGGCGGUAACCCCGGCAACCAUAGCAGUCCUCGUCUCCGACUAGACGACUUAUGGUCCCUGCAACUAUCGCGGCCGUCCCUGGACAGCGUGUGGCGCUCCGCCAGGGCCGCACUCAGGGAGGCAUGCUAUAGAGAACUUGCUGCCGUGCCUGAAGACGCGGCAAGAGCGUUACAUUAUUUAAGAAACGACCUGCGAGAGGCCCUAGACCAUACUGACCCGGAACAGGUGGCCCGCUUCCAGAAGCUGGCUACAGAACUAUUCGCAUGCGUUCCUCCCGAACGCGGUCCUUGCGCGUUAUGUCCGCGUCGGACCCGCGCGUUACAUCGCCGCGCGGCACGCGCGCGGCAGAACCGCGACCUGGCGCAUCACCUCGCCGCCGUACUAGGAGCGGACGACAACAUCCCCGACCCGCCUCAACCGUGGGAGGAGUGCUCAUCCCCCGCCCCGGACACGUGGGACGUGGGCGAGGACGAUGACCCCGCGCCGGCGCCCGCGCACUGGGACGCGCGCGCCGCCCGCCUGCGCCUCUACGACCGGCUCGCCAACUACUUCCGCCCCAGUACCGUGCCGCCGGACGCGGAUAUCACCGACCUAGUCGCCUUGUAAUGUGAGUGUUUAAAUUGAGAACUUGGACCGAGUUUUUCAAUUUUCGAACGUUAGACCGAGGAUAAUGCUUUUAUGAUAAACAAAUUAAGAUAGCGCAUUGAAAUAACAGUACCCGUAACACGAACCAAUACCGCCUACGUCUCUACGACAUGCUCGCCAGCUACUCCCGCCCCAGCACCGUGUCGCCGGAGGCGGAUAUCAUCGACCUAGUCGUCUUGUAAUGUGAGAGUUUCGAUUAAGAACUUGGACCGAGUUUUUUGAUUUUCGAACGUAGACCGAUGGUGUGCUUUUAUGAAACAAAUGAAGACACGCAUUGAGGGAGCUGCGAUGCGUCAGCCGGUGUUUUAAUUCCGAGCGUAGAUUGAUUGUACCGUUGGUUCAAUAAGGGCUACCUUUUUUUUGUCUCACCAGAUGGCACCACUGUUGAGUGAGGUCCAGAAGUGUAGCUUCUAAAGUUUAUUAAUACGCGUGUGAAAUCAAAGUUUACAUUUAAAUCAUAUUUUAAUACAAAAGAACCGUAUCGUAAACAUAAUCAGCCAUGCCACAGUGUUGCGCAGUUCCGUUUUGUUUGGAAAAAGACAUUCAUUGACACGUAACUCAUAUUUGCCAUAAUUAAUCUGAGUUAUUACCAAAUAUUCACAACAUUAUUUUAAUUUUAAAUAAACCCACAAGCAAUAACAUUUCGGAGACCUUACGCUACACAAGCGCCUCUAGCGGCGGUUAAGUUUCGCGUUUGUAUCAACCCAAAACCACGCCCCGAAGAACGGGGUGGUUCUUUUAAGUGCACCGUUAUAUGUAGAAUGAACAUUCAUAAAGAAACGUACCGUCUGUAUAAAACAAACUCGGUCAAAUGAAAAUGAAAGUUGAGAGAUGGAAGUGAGAGCAGGCGAAAUUUCUCACCCAAUGCAAGCAAUCUUUCCGGAACGUAUCUCCUGCGCUUAACUCAUUAAUAUUGGUAUUUCGAUCUCAGCACGUCAAGAUCACUCAACUUGUAGUUUUCUAAUAAGGAAUUAUCGCCUUUAUUUCGUGUAAGAAUAGUACUAUAGUGAGAUAGCGACUGCCAUAGUAUAUCUCUAUCGUUUAUGUUUUGAUGACAACUAAAUACACACAAGUUUUAAUAUUACGCCGUUACAUUUACGUAAACUACUACUCUGUUCCAUGACUAACGUUAACAUUGUAUUAAUAUUUGUUGAAAUUUAGAAUGUAAUAUGCCAAAUGCCAUUUACUAGUUCUAGGUACUACGUAUGUUAAAAAAUUUAACAGUGUAUUUUUAUUUUAUUUCAAUUUACUGUUGUUUCAGUCUUGCUUGUCAUUCGAUUUAUAAAGUUUGCCUUUAAUAAGCAAUAAUAGCAACACCAUGUGCUAUUCAUAGAACGUCUUCCUAACGGAACUAGAUGUAAUAUUCAUUUUAUGUUAUAAUGUUUAAGAAUCAUAAAAUAUGUUAUUUAAUUUAAAUAGUUUUAAAUAUUUGUAAUAACGUGUAGGAAAUUUUAACGUGAGAAUGAUAUUAUAUAACAUGGCACUGGUAUAACAUCAUGCAUAAUAGUAUUUUUUCGAACCCGCAUUUACAAUAUGUAUGCACAUACAAUGUUCGCACUUCACAUGGUUUCGAUUUACUAUUUGUAAACGUGACAACAGUCUAUCCUUUUCAUUCCUUAUAGAGUAUGACAAGAAUUACCUGAUGUCAAAAUGACAGCAAAAAUGAAUUUGCAAAUUUUUGAAUGGCCAAGUGGAUUGUGGAGUGCCGGCAUAAUGUUGAGAAGUAUUUAUAUUGGAAACCUUUUAUAUGUUAACAUAAAUUCAGUUAACAUUGUUAACGUUACAACAAGCACAAGAAAAGAGUUUUUACUAAUAUUGUUGUAUGCGAGGUUUCGAAAUUGUUUUAAAGUUUUUAAUAUAAUUGCAUGAUGUGUAUGUGGCGAAUCAGAUGUCAUAAUUUCUACAAACUGUGAUACGAUAUUUAUAGUCAAUAGUGAUAAUAAAUAAAACGUACGCAUAAAGAAUCUCUCGUGUAUCGUUCUAAUUUGAGAUUGUAUUCUGCCAAAAUUUUGUGACACGCUUUAAAAAUUUACUAGGUACGUGUUAAUUUUUUGGGCCUACUAAGUGUAUAUUAAAUGGUUUUUAUAUGAAAUGGUUUGGUGAAGUGUGUAUAUAGUUUUAAUAUUUUUAACGAAUACAUUACAAAGAAGAAGCUAAUUUUCAAAUUUUGCAUUGCAUAUUGAGCUCUUUCUCCAUGGGUUAGGGUACUAUUUUAUAUAAAGAAAACAAACAAACACGCUAAGCAUAAAAGAGACGCUGCUAUUUAUCAUUAAAGGUUUCUAUUUUAUUUUACCUAAUCAUGGACAUGAAUAUAAACUUCAGAUACCAAUAUGCCAUUCGAAAUUCUGAAAACCAGUUCUAAAAAUUUCAUUGCCAUAGGAAAGUUCAUAAAGGUUUUGCGUUUCGAAUGUUUUUUUUUUUACGUUGGACUUACGAAUACUUCAUUUAUUGACUGUUAAUAUAAAUACGGAACAACCUGUAGAUCAACUGACUGGUAAUGUUAUAGAAUCAGACAAUAUAUCUCUAAACCACCUUUUAACCAAAAAAUCAAUGUAUAUAAUAACUUCAUAUACCUACUUAUUCUAUGUAAUGUUUUCAUCGAAAACAAGCCUUUUUACUCAAGCUUUUAAUAGAAAGUUGUAGUAGCAAAUUAUAAAAAUUUAAUAAUGAAUAUUUAAUCUUUUUGUAAAUUUAGCGAUGAAAAGUUUUUAUUAAAAAAUAAUAAUAUUUAGAGUACAAUUUCAUUUGUUUUUGCUUAUAAAUAACAAAGGAAGUUAUUUGGUAUUUCUUUAUUUUAUAUGACACAAGACCUUAUAGCGUGACUACCGCAACACGGUUUGAAUUUAAUGAUAGAGAUUUAUUUAUAAUCCUUUCGUGAAUCACUAUAUCAUAUCGCAGUGUUUAGCGAUAUCGCGUUUUGAAGUUUUAAUAAAUCAUAGAAGCGGAACUACUUGUUCAAAUGAUAAAAAUGAUACCUUCAUUUAAACGUACAUUAUCGUUCUUUGUGUUGAGUAAGUUUAGUUAGUGUAUCAAUGGUAGUUUUUAUUUUAAAAGUACUUUUAUGUGACUGGGUAAAGAGAAUACCAUAUAAGCAAUUCAAAUGGCUCAUGUUAAAUUUAAAACUAGUAUCAUUUUAAAAUAAUUUCGCUGUAAAUAACAUAUUAAAUAAAAUUGAACAGGCCAGAGGGUAUCAUUUUAAAUAAAACUUCAAACUUGUAUUAAUCCGAACGGGCUUAGGGUAUUAACUUAAUACUGUUUAGAAUACGCACAAUCAUAAAUUUUGCCUAGAAAUUGACGACAUGUGUUGCUAUAAUUCAAAAACUAUUUCGAAUUAAAAUACAAUUAUCUUUCCAGUUUAUAGAGGAAAAAAGUAGUUUUCGAAACGCUAAUAAAAAAAAAUGGUUUUGCCGACUUAAUACCCUAUUGUUUGUGACGUGCGAUAUGAUUAUUCAUAUGGUCAUGCUACUAGGACCAGAGCUUUUACUUAUAUAGUAAUCGAAACGGGUAUGCUUUUAUUUUGUUUAUAAGAGUUCAAUGUUAUUUUAAAAUUAUUUAUUUCGAGUGUAUAGAUAGUUUUGUCUGAAAUUUGUGAAAUGAAAUAAUCUUAUACUAUCGUAUUCGUAAUAUGCAACAUCACGUAACUAACUACGUCAUUGUAAACGUAAGGUUAUAUUUAACAAACAAAGACUGGUUUUGGGCGCAAUUUAUAAGGCUGAUUGUGUCUAAGACUAGCCGUUCGAGUUGUGACUAUUUGUGUUUCGUGUAUUCAAUUUUUAGGUUCUUCUUGUGUAGCGGCCGAACUAGUACCAAGCCAGCGUGAAAGCAUAACUUAUUAUUAUUAUUGUAUAUGGCAUUUGUGGUGUUCCAGAGCGAGAGUUCUUUGGGGCUGCGUUAAGCGGGAGCCCGGAGCGACGUCCACUCUGCGUGUUUGCUUCAUGUUAUUUCAUAGAGCAGCGCUACGUGAGGCGGGUCUCCCGUCGCAGAGCUUCUGUAUGAAAUUACAUGAAACUGCACGCGUCCGUUCCGUGCUCCCGCUUAACGCAGCGCAGACCCUUUUUCAACCGAUGCUCUUAUCAAGAGCGGUGUCUCAUUUGUUUUAUGGCACUAGUUUAAUUGUAAGAAAGAAUUAGUUUAUAGUUAAUUAGUUUCAAUCAUGAAACACAAAUAUGCACAUCUCGGUGGAUUCUUACAUUGAUAAUAUGUAGAUCUAAGUAAUAGCUGGUAGGUAUAGUAAUAUAAUUUAAGACGUUUGAGCUACAGUUUUUAUAUAUUGUGGUAUUUUACAACAGCUAUCAACCAUUAAUAGUAUAGAUUAAGAAAGUAUAUUUAGUGAUUAUUAAUUGAUGCUCGUUUAAUUCAAACACACUAAUUGAAUAUGUAAUGUGUUAAUAAUUAAUAUUUUAAACCUUAUUAUUAAUUAAACAUUUUAAAGACAAUCAAGUAUUGGAAUUGCUAAUUAAAUUAAUGUGUACAGUAGAAAUGAGAUAAUGCUAUUAAUUAUUUUUACAAUAAAUUUAAUUCUUCGUGUUGUUUUAUUCUAUUGUUAUCAACUUUAUCAAAAAGAGACAGCACUAACUUAAAUCAAUGUUUAAAAUACGUCUCUGAGUGCUGCCGUUAUUUUGUUUGCAAAAUUCAAUUAAUGGAUAAAUGAAACAGCUCGUGUUAAAAAAAAUAAGUGUAUCAAAUGUUUAAUUCAAUGUAAUUUGUAAAAAAUUAUGUGUUUUGUUUAUAAGAAUAAUUUAUAAAUAAUACAUUUAAUUUCUGUAUAUUCAAUACAAGAAUAAAUUAUUUACUUGUCAAAGCUUGUUUUAAAUCACGAUGUUAUCCUUUUGUAUCUAUAGGAAAAAAGAUGCGACAAGAUUUUUUCCUGUGAAAAUGGAUGACAAAGCCGUUUAAUGGCUAGUCUGAUAGAUAACGACGUCUAUUAUUUUGAUUUGGAAAGGACAUUGCUCUGCGUCCAUACAUAGUUAGCCUACGAACCAACAAUCAUGAAAUGUUAUUUUCUAGGUUCGAAAUCGCAAGUAAGUGACUGUAAAAACAAAGAUUAUUGACGGACACAUCUGAGAACUUAAAUUUAUUAGGAAAACUAAAAUUUUUUUGAGGUUAUGUUUAACAUUUAUUGAAACAUAGGUCAACCUAUGAACUUAGUAUGAAGUAAAUUAAUAUAACAACUAAUUCAUUUUAUUUGGUGCGAAAAACUUGUUUAGGUAAGAAUCAUGAAUAAAAUAAAAACUGUAGUUUCACUUCUUAUUUAUUGACUAUUUUUUCACAUAAUUGUAUUUAUUUGUAUAUCACAUGUUUAUUGUGUAAAUAUGCAGCGUGAAUGUGUCUUAGGUGCUCUUGAAUAAUUUGGCAGUAUGAUCCUCUCAGGAUGUUGUGGCACAGGUUCACUAGCACUUGGUAAUAAGGUCUCUGCGCUUUGAUAACAUCGAUGGCAUAUUAGAUAGCCGAAAUAGUUUAAUCAAAGGAAAAACAAUCGCAAAUAAACACAUACAACAGGUAAUCCGAAACGAGAAUGCACUUUUCGAUUUAUUACACUACUCUUUGAAAUGCACGAAUGCCCUAGAUUACUACGAAUGCAAACUGCCUGCACCACAACCACAGAGUAUCGAGUUUUAUGGCGGCCCUUCACUUGACAACAGUUUUGUCCUUGUCAUGCUUAAUUAGGAAUGAAAAGGACAGACUGAUGUCAUGUUUUAAAAUAGCCAAUACGAAUAGCCAAGUGAAGUGCCGGCAUUAGGAAGAGUGUUUUGUUUGCAGCGCUGUCAUAGAUUAUACACAUAAAAUGGUGUUUAUUGUCUGAUUAUUUUGUAACUUUUUAAUUUAGCUUACUUAACUGGAAGUGUCCGUCACAAUCUAAAUACUGAUGAUUAU